AUGGACGAUGAUGCUGAGAUUGCCCAACCAGCGGAUUCGAUUGAGGAUCCUCAGGUGACUCCUACGGUUUCGGGUGAUGCUGAUGUUGUUGAUUCGAGCGUCGAUGGUCAGGGCGUUGAUGGUGCUGCUACAGCUUCGCCUAUGGAGCUCGAUUCGUCGGUUACUGAUGGCGAUGGCGAUGACGGUGUUAGGGUUUCUGAGAGUGAGAGAUCGGAUCCCAUUGCCUGCAAAGGGAGUGUGGAAGAUGAUACGAGUGAAACUAAACCUAGGUUUCCAGAGAUUAAAAGCGAGGAUAUAAGUGAUACCCAGAUUGAGAGGUCUGAUGACAGUCCUGAGCUUAAGGAAGAUGACUCCGAUGAUGAUGAUGAUGAUCAUUCUGAUGAGCUUGGCUCCGAAGCUUUCGAGGAAGAAAAGCGAGGAGAUUUGGAGAGGCAUGCGGUUACGGAUUACAAAUCUCUCUUAUCCGAGUUCGAUGACUAUGUCGCGAGCGAGAAAAUGGGUUCUGGAGUUUCGAGGGCAUUGAGCUACGGGCUUGAAGUCGGCGAUUUGGUCUGGGGAAAGGUAAAGUCUCAUCCUUGGUGGCCUGGUCAUAUAUUCAAUGAAGCUUUUGCGUCUCCCUCUGUUCGUCGCAUGAGGAGGAUGGACCAUGUUCUUGUCGCGUUCUUCGGAGAUAGCAGCUACGGGUGGUUCGAUCCUGCUGAGCUUAUUCCCUUUGAACCCAACUUAGCAGAGAAAUCGCAGCAGACUGUUUCCAAGCACUUUGUGAGAGCUGUGGAGGAAGCCAUGGAUGAGGCUAGUAGAAGGUCAGCUCUUGGGUUGACUUGUAAAUGCCGGAAUCCUUAUAACUUUAGGCCUACUAAUGUUCAAGAUUACUUCGCUGUUGAUGUGCCGGACUACGAGCUUCAGGCCGUUUACUCUGCUGAGCAGAUUCAGAAAUCCAGGGAUAAGUUUUCACCUGUUGACACUCUCUCGUUUGUGAAGCAAGUGGCUUUAGCACCUCAAGAGUGUGAUUCAGAGAGUUUAAAGUUUUUGAAGAAGAGAGCAGUGGUUUCUGCUUUCCGCAAGGCGGUGUUCGAGGAGUUUGAUGAAACGUAUGCACAGGCCUUUGGCACGAAAUCUUCGCGCACUUCAGUGAGUUCGCAUGAGCCUCAUAACAGAGCACCCCCUCGAGCUCCCUUGAGUGGCCCACUGGUCAUAGCAGAAACUCUAGGUGACUUGAAGAGCUCUAAAACACCCACAAAGGUUAAGGAUUCAAAAAAACAAGACAAGUAUCUUCUCAAACGAAGAGAUGAAGCUGAAGAGAAGACUGUUCCAUUUGGCCAAGUUGAAGCAAGUUCAAGCACGGGCUUUCCUGGGUCUUCGGAUGGAGAUAUUAUGGUACAGAGAAGAGCUCCAACGCUUCAAAGUCCAAUCAAAGAUGAGCAGUCUGGGAUUGUGAAUAUGGAUUUUACCUCUUCAAGUGCAGCUAUUCCUCCUGGUAAAGAAAGUUCUGUUUCAAAGCUGUCUCUUGAUGAAGAAAAAGGUUUAGCUGAAGAAUCAAAGGAGAAGUUGGAAGAAAAGACUGUUGUAUCUCCAGAUCAUGUGAAAUCUGAAGCCAUGGAGAGUCUUAAACAAGAGGCCGGACCAGAUUCCGGAUCAGCUGGAAACUCUCUCCAGCCCCUGCUUGAGUCUCCUCGAGGUUCUCACACAUCAGCAUCUGAGGGGAAAAGUUCCACAGGGUCUGUAAUCAAGAAAGUCAAAGUUACUAAACGAUCUUCAAGCGAAAUGGGCUCUGAGAAUGCUCCUUCAGAGCCGGUAAAGAAAAAGAAAAAGAAGAAAGAGCCAAACUCUGAUCAUCCAGAAAAGAGAAAGGUUUUAUCUUCUGGGGAAGCUGGAGCCAAGAAAUUGUCCCAGCUUGGUUCAGCACAUUUAAAUUCCUAUAUGGAAGUUGAUGUGCCGCAGGUGUUGGGUCAUCUGCAAGAUCUCUCUCUUGACCCUUUCUUUGGUUCAUCAGUUGCUUCUUUUGGUGCUGCUAGGAAAUUUUUUCUCCGUUUCCGUUCACUAAAUUACCAGAAAAGCUUGGCUGUAUCUUCAUCUGAUGCUACAGCCGAAAACGCCAGGGACACAACAAAACCCUCAAAACUCAUCAAGACCGUGAACAGAACCGCAGACCCAUCAAAAGCUGGAAGAAAACGCCUCUCUUCUGAUCGUCAAGACGAGAUCCCAUCCGCUAAGAAGCUGAAGAAAACUAGUCAGCUGAAACCAUUGGCUUCCGAGAAGAAGAUAAGACGAGAAGCAAAGGAUAGUAGUAUAAAACCAGUAAGAGAGCAAAGCGGUGCGGUUCAAGCAAAACCAGCAAAAUCUCAAACCGGGAAGAAAACUGCUCCAUCAGUGAAGGUGGUUGAGCCCACAAUGCUGGUCAUGAAGUUUCCACCUGGCACAUCUCUGCCUUCAGCUGCAUUGCUUAAGGCGAGGUUUGGUCGGUUCGGGCUGUUGGAUCAAUCCGCCAUCAGGGUUUUCUGGAAAUCCUCGACCUGCCGUGUUGUCUUUCUGUAUAAAGCCGAUGCGCAGACUGCUUUUCGAUACGCAACAGGAAACAGCUCCCUCUUUGGAAACGUGAACGUGAGGUACUUUCUCCGAGACGUGGAUGCUCCAAAAGCCGAGCCUCAUGAAGCAGAAAACGCAAAGGAAGAUGAUGAACCACAGAGCCAAUGGGUAGACCAAGCACCGCCACUUCACCAACCAAUCUUACCACCACCAAACAUCAACCUCAAAUCCUGCUUGAAGAAACCGAGCGAUGACCCGAGCAAUAGUAGCAACAACGGAAAUGGUAACCGCGCAAGAGUCAAAUUCAUGUUAGUAGGUGAAGAAAACUCGAGUAAAGCAACCACCGAGCCACAGUUCGCAACGACCUCGAAUAGAAACAGUGGACCUUCAUCAUCAUCAUCAUCUGUUGGAAUGGAAUUUGUUAGUAAGAAGUUUCAAAACUCUGUUCAUCAGCAACAGCUUCCUCCUUCAACACUGCCUCCAAUUCUUCCUCUCCCUCCACAAUACUCAAAACCCAUUAAAACAGUGGACCAUGUGGAACCACCGAUGCCACCACCGCCAAGAAAUUUCCGUGGCCCGAGCCCAGCGGUUGUUUCAGGAGAUAUCUCUCACCAGAUGCUCAACCUAUUGUCAAAAUGCAACGAUGUUGUGGCUAACGUCACGGGCUUGUUGGGCUACGUUCCUUACCAUCCCUUGUGA